AUGGAACCACCCAUAAUACGUGGUGUAGACAAAGAAAAAAAACCACUCCGCGGCUUGGAAUCGAACCCCGGUUUCCCGCGUGACGGAUCACCUUCAUUUGAAUAUGUACCAAAGCAAAUUAAUGAAAAGUAUGAAUAUUCUGAUGUUGAUCAAAUUAAAAAUAAUAAUUUAGAUAAAUGGAUGAAUCUCUAUCAAUUUAAUUUAAAUGAAUUAUCAAUGAUUCAACCGACGUAUUCAUUCAAACAAACAAAUAAUCGAUGUCCACCGAGUCAAUGUCGAACAGUCGGGGGUAGUUGUCGCAGUCUUGGUGAAUUUGAACCAUAA